GCUGAGUUUUAGAUAGAGUCCAGAGAUUUUGAGCGAGUGUUCUAACCAUAUUUGGAAGUGACAGUUUUUUUAUUUUUAUUUUUUAGGGUUCUUUUUUCAGCUAUAAGUAGGUGAUUGGAGGAGUGAGAAUAAUAGCUUACAGAAACUUGAAUAGAUCCCAUUGAUUGAGAGAAAAGGGAAGAGAAAAGCUUGAAUACACAAGAAAGCUCUCUCUCUCUCUCUCCCCCUCUCUCUCUCUCUGGUGCUAUUAUGCUACUCUUUUGUGGGAUUUGUUUUUCUAUCUACAUGUGUUAACAGCAUAUUGUUGUUGUCUUCAACUAGCAAUUUUAUGCUAGUAUAAUUGGAAUUUGGAUUGUUUUAUUAUUGGGGAAAAAAGCUAUAAAGAAAGAAACACAAGAAGUAGAGGGGAGAGAGAGAGAGAGAGUGUAGAUAGCAUGGUUGCAACCUUGUCUGCUUGGCCCUGGGAGAUAUUGGGCCCAUUCAAGUAUCUGAUAUAUGGAGCCGUCUUUGCAAAAGUCAUAUAUUCAAGAAUACAAGAGGAUAAUAUCAUGACGGAUACAUGGUGUCUUCAUAUUCUAAUUAUAUGUGUACUCAGAGCUUUGAUGUAUCAGCUAUGGACUUCUUACAGUAACACGCUUUUCCUUACCGAUAAUCGCCGGAUUCUACAGGAAGGUGUCGAUUUCAAGCAGAUUGACAAGGAAUGGGACUGGGACAAUUUCAUAAUUCUUCAAGCUCUAAUGGGAUCCAUGGCCUGUUACAUAUUCCCAGCCCUUUCCAAUCUUCCAUUGUGGGAAUCAAGAAGCUUUAUUGCUGCUAUGCUACUCCACAUAGGUGUUUCAGAGCCCCUAUACUACUGCCUACAUAAAUGUUUCCAUGCAAAAUAUCUUUUCACACAUUACCAUUCACUCCACCAUUCAUCUCCAGUACCCCAACCUUUUACGGCUGGAAGUGGCACAUUUUUGGAGCAUCUGAUAUUGAGUGGUGUAAUUGGGAUACCAGUAUUUGGGAGUUGUGUGAUUGGAUAUGGAUCAAUAGGCAUGAUCUAUGGCUAUGUAUUGAUCUUUGAUUUUCUGCGAUGUUUGGGUCAUUGCAAUGUGGAAAUUGUUCCCUAUCAGUUGUUUGACAGACUUCCCUUCCUCAAAUAUCUUCUCUAUACCCCUACAUACCACAGCCUACACCAUACAGAGACGGGCACUAAUUAUUGCCUUUUUAUGCCUCUCUAUGAUGCAUUGGGCAAUACCCUCAAUAGCAAAUCAUGGGACCUGCACAAAACGUUACUUUUAAAUUCAGGUAAAAACUGGAGGGUACCUGAUUUUGUAUUCUUGGCACAUGUGGUGGAUAUAACAGCUUCCCUACGCAGCCAGGUGUUUGUAUUCCGGUCAUUCGCGUCGAAGCCGUUCAGGACCAGGAUCUUCUUGCUCCCAAUUUGGCCGCUUGCAUUUACAGUGAUGCUGGUGAUGUGGGCUAAGUCUAAGCCCUUCUCGGUCUCAUUCUACAACCUCAGAGGCCGCUUGCACCACACUUGGGCUGUACCUCGCUUUGGUUUUCAGUAUUUCUUGCCAUUUGCUAGAGAGGGCAUCAAUAAGCACAUAGAGGAAGCAAUUCUCAGGGCCGAUAGGUUGGGUGUUAAAGUCCUUACCCUUGCUGCAUUGAAUAAGAAUGAAGCUCUCAAUGGGGGUGGAAUGUUGUUUGUGAACAAGCAUCCAAACCUUAAAGUUCGAGUUGUCCAUGGAAACACUUUAACUGCAGCUGUAACUCUCAAUCAAAUCCCUAAGGAUGUGGACGAGGUGUUUUUAACAGGAGCUACUUCAAAUUUAGCAAUUGCCCUUUACCUUUGCAGACGGAGAGUACGAGUGAUUAUGUUAACCCUUUCAAUUGAGAGAUUUGAGAAGAUACAGAAGGAAGCCCCAAUUGAGUUUCAAAAAUACUUAGUCCAAGUGACAAAGCAUCAAGCAGCCAAGAAUUGUAAGACUUGGGUAGUUGGUAAGUGGAUAACACCAAGAGAGCAAAGUUGGGCCCCAGCUGGAACACAUUUUCACCAAUUUGUGGUCCCACCAAUAUUGCCCUUCAGAAGAGACUGCACUUACAGUGAUCUUGCAGCCAUGAAGUUUCCUGAUGAUGUACGUGGGCUUGGAUAUUGUGAGUAUACGAUGGAGAGAGGAGUAGUCCAUGCUUGCCAUGCAGGUGGUGUGAUUCAUCUGUUAGAAGGUUGGAGUCAUCACGAAGUCGGAGAGAUCGAUGUGGACCGAAUCGAUUUGGUGUGGAGGGCUGCACUCAAACACGGUCUAACUCCAGUCUCAAGUUUCGCAAAACCCAAAGAAUUGUAACAAAUUAAGUGAAGACACCAAUUAAUGCAUUUGGUUGCAACAUCCUCAUUACCUUUUAUGUUUUUCUAUUGUUUUUUGUUUCUUUUUUAAAUGUUAAACUAUUGCUUCUUUUUAUAGUGUUUGAAAUUUUGGUUUUAUAACAAUUCCAAACUACUAAACCACAUAAUGUCAUAUAUGUAUUUGAUUUUGUUA